AAGAGUGAGGUGUGUGUGUAUGUGUAAGUGCGUGUGUGUGUGUGAGUGUAGAAGUGAGCCAAGCAUUCGUGAAACGAGGAGAGGGUUAGCCUCGAUAGCCGGUGGUCCUCCUCCUUACUUUAUCCUUCUCCAGCUCCAUCUCUUCUGCUUCAGCUUCUGUGUUUCAAAAGAAGACGAAACAAAAGGCCACUUUAUACUCUGCAACUGUGGUAACAGAUCACACGCACACACUCAUCUACAUAUAUAUUUAUAUACAGAUAUAUAUACACACUCAAACACACACACGUACGUUGUCAAUUGUUUCACGGGAUUCUAUUUACAUACCCACGUGUCUUUGCAGUCUAAGCUUCAUUGAUGUCUACAUACAUCGGACCAUUCGGAUGUACCAAAGACGACCGUUUACAUUCUCCUAGAUGGCAUCAUUUGAAAAUAUGUUGCUGAGACCUAUAAAGAAGUUCCUGUUCUUCCAGCGAGAUGGGAUGAUAUCAGCACGAAUAAAUUACCAAAACCUGUUUUUGGGUCUCCUCUCGAUAUCUCUGGUGAUAUUACUCAGCUUCACUGUUCGCAUGCAACCAAGCCAUGUGAUAUUUUCAUCAAGUAGGAAUAUCAACGAAGCAAGCCACAUGGGACUAGAACAUUCAGAGUACACUGGAUUUUUGGUGGAAACAGAUAACUGUCGAAUUCCCAACCUUGACCCUUUUGAGCCUUCAGUUAGUUCUUACAUAAAGCUGAAUGGAGUCUUGCGGUGUCCAGACAAACCAGUUUUGACCUACCAGGAGGAUAAUUUCAUUAGAAUUAACAGAACGGCUAUACAGCAUUACAACCUAAGGGAUUUCAAGAAAUGCAAGUAUCAAGCGAUUGUCCGACCAAAAGAUAAAUCGGACUUUAAGUUUGAAUAUGUACAAACUGGAAUAUGGUUUAGCAGUGAUACAAGGAGUAAGCAUGAGUUUGUCCGAGUCAUGUGCUACAGUGAAAGUGGUGGGCUGAUGUACAGCAAUUUCCACUCUUUUAUCAUCCGAGACCAAAACUUAGUGAAACGAAGAACCAAAUAUUUUCGUAAGUACCAAAAGAGAAAUCCUAACGUUAAAGAAAAAUUCAAUGUCUUAAUGAUUGGAGUGGAUUCCGUCUCUAGACUCAAUUUCAUUCGACAAAUGAAGAAUACUCGUAAGUAUAUAUUAGAGAGGCUCGGCGCUUAUGAAUUGGCUGGUUACAAUAAAGUAGCUGACAAUACAUUUGUGAACGUUGUUCCAUUGACCACUGGUCGAUAUGUCAAAGAACUCCCUUGGACUGAGAAACUCUCUCAUAAGCCUUUUGAUAAUUACUCCUUUAUCUGGAGGAAUUUCUCUGACAGUGGUUACAUGACACUCUAUGCAGAAGAUGCUCCAACGAUCUCCAUAUUCAAUUACUUAAAAGCCGGAUUUCACCAACCUCCAUGUGACCAUUACAAUCGGCCAAUUUUUCUGGCCUUACAGCGAAGUAAAAAUCUCUGGACCAAUAAACACUGUGUUUUGGAUCGCUUGGAGACGGAUUUUGUUUUACGCUACGUUUAUGAUUUUGCCAAGACAUAUCGUGAUAAACCCCACUUUGGUUUCGCAUUUAUAACCGGUCUCACACAUGCGAAUAUUAACGAUGUCGGCUAUGCUGAUGAACCCUAUUUCCAGUUCUUCAAAACGAUGUUUGAGGAAGGAUAUCUCAACAACACAGUUGUCUUCUUCUACAGUGAUCAUGGAUCGAGGUUUGGCAAGUUCCGUACGACGUAUCUUGGUAAACUGGAAGAACGACUGCCUUUUAUGUUUCUGAUAUUUCCACCCUGGUUCCGUAAGCGUUACCCUAACCUGGACAGAGUUUUAAGAACCAAUGCAAAUCGCCUGACCACGCCUUUUGAUAUAUAUGAAACACUUGUAGAUAUUUUAUAUUUUGAUGGCCAGGUACGAAAGGCUUCAGUGAAACAGAGAGGCAUCAGCAUAUUCCGAGAAGUGCCUAAAUCCCGUUCUUGUACAGAUGCAAGCAUCGCACCCCACUGGUGCACGUGCCUUCAACAGGUGUCCGUCAAUGUGACUGACAAAGUGGUCCAAAAUAUAGCACAGAGCCUCGUGGACAAGAUUAACAGGUUAACGCUACCUUUCAGGGACAGGUGUGCCUUGUUACAAGUCCAAGCCAUUUCUGAUGCUAACAAACAACUGCCGACUGAUAAAAUCUUGCGAUUCCAGAAGAGUUUGAAUGACGUGCUUAAUCAGAAAGUCUACUAUGGUAACCGAGUGAGUGCAAUUGUCGACUACCAACUGAUGGUGAAAACCAGCCCAGGUGAAGGCCUGUUUGAGGUGACAGCCCGAUUCAAUGAACAGGAAGAUACGUUUACCUUAAUGAACGAGAUCAGUCGAGUCAGCAGCUAUGGAAACCAGUCGAGUUGCAUCAAUGAAUUAGCACUGAAGAAAUUCUGUUACUGCGACAGAUGAAUGGUCAAACACUAUUUAGCGUGUCUCUGUCCCAUGUCUGCCUUUGAAGCAAUCAUGGCCACAACAUCACUUUAAAACAUACUAAAUUAAUUGGGGUUAGCAUUUAAAAGGUUUAGGUUUAGGAACGCAGAGUUUAUAGAGAAUUCCAAUAACGGAAGCAAUAAGCCAAUAGAUUCUUUGAAUAUAUUCCGAAUGGAUUUAUUCUAAGUAUAUGUGUGUGUGUAUGUAUAUAAUAUAUAUAUAUAUAUAUAUAUAUAUAUAUAUAUAUAUAUAUAUAGGGUGGGUUAUAUUGAUAAAUUAGCUGUUAGUUUAUAAUCAUGCAAUAUAAUAUUGAUGAAUUGAAAGAUUUUGAUUAUGUGAUAUUGGUACCUU